AGCGGGAUUUAGACGCCGGGUUUGAGAGAGGUUCCGCGGAGGGGGAUGGGUCGAGACUGGGCCGCGUGGAAGAACCUUGAGGGUUUUGACAGAUGAGAGGGAGUCUUCUGACCUCCUCGAUGAGUCACUUGGGCUGAUGGGGGCGGGGGCGGAAAGACUGGAUAAGUUCCUUCCGGGUCAGUGACAGAAGCGUGGUCUCCGUGGGGCAGUUCCUGGCGUCUUCGCCUUCCCCGCGUCCUCCCUGUACCGGCGCGAGGUGAUUGUGGUUUCCACGAUGAGCUCCCAGAAAGGGAACGUGGCUCGUUCCAGGCCUCAGAAGCACCAGAAUACCUUUAGCUUCAAAAAUGACAAGUUUGAUAAGAGUGUUCAGACCAAGAAAAUUAAUGCAAAGCUUCAUGAUGGAGUUUGUCAGCGCUGUAAAGAAGUACUUGAAUGGCGUGUAAAAUACAGCAAAUAUAAACCCUUGUCGAAGCCUAAAAAAUGUGUUAAAUGUUUGCAAAAGUCAGUGAAGGAUUCUUACCACAUAUUGUGUAGACCAUGUGCCUGUGAACUUGAAGUUUGUGCAAAGUGUGGAAAGAAAGAAGACAUUGUUAUUCCGUUUAAUAAAGAACCAGAAAAGGCAGAAAAUCCUGAAAGUAAUCUACGUUCCAACCAUAGAAGUUGCAGAAGAAAUCAAGAAGAAAGCGAUGAUGACUUAGAUUUUGGUAUUGAUUUAGAUGACACAAAAGAUAAUCAAGUGGGUUAAUAUAUUAAAAACCAGCUUAAAAACAUGAAA